GUGAGAGAGAGAGAGAGCAGAGCGCCGGGCACUGAGGACUGGACGUGCAGUGCAGUCAGAACAAGGGAACGAGCGAGUGUGUCUGUACGUACUCGAGACGAGUAAAGGUGCGAGACGGAACCGCUGAACGUGCUUAUACUGACUGCCCUACGAUCACACCGCGGCGCCUAUUGCACGAGACACUGACUGUCGCUGGCGCUCUGUAAAGCAGAAGAAAAACUGAGCAGAAAUACACGGUUUGACUGGUACAACAGCCGGCUGUCUUUUGCAGGGAGAACGAGGGCAGACGGACUGAGACGGGGGCUUACUGGUACUUCCCACCAAAUAAAGGAGCAACAGCCCAAGGCAGAUUGCAAGGCUUGUUCACCUUCCUCCCAGAUUACUGCCUUUUUCUAGUGACUGCAGUUCGAACCCCUUUUUUAUUGAGUGGAAAAGUGACCAUCCGCUCUCAGUAAAGACGCCAAGGGCCGUAUGAAGGGGUUUCUCUAUUGAGGUGUCAGUUCAUUUCAUAGUCCCUAUUUGGCUGAUCGCAUAAGCAAACGGAGCCCACCUUUCUUAGGGAAACAAGGAUUGUAUGGAUUUACAUGAUUUUGUUGAUUUAUUUGACGUGAAGAGAAAGAGACGAGUCUGGCUUUGAAUGGAUGUAAUGGUCUGCUGGACACAUUUCCCUCUGGAACUGGAAGAUGCAGAGCAGUUUGCACAGUUAAAUUCGGCUUUUGGGAUUCUUUUUAUUUGUAUGCUUGCAGUAUUUUUGUUAGUAUGAAAAUCAGUAAGGUUAAAACGAUGUGGAUGCAAUGAAUGCUUAGAUCUGGAUGUAUUUAUAUAGCUUUGGAUAUGGUACAGUAUUUUGUAUGCCUUGUGUCUGCUGCUGAUCCCGUUGGCUAAACAACUUGGGCUGAUUUUUAUUAUAACUUUUGGGAGAUUUACUACAACUAAAAUUUAAUUUGUUUUGUUGCCGCUGUCUGGUGCUUCUUUCAUUUGCAUUCUCAGACAGUGUUUGCAUUCAUUUUUCUUUUUUUGCUGGCAUUUCAGCAUAGUGGUCUGUAAAGGAGACUGGCUCCAGUUUGCUUCAGCUGCUCCAGUUCCCUUCUCAUUUAUCUCCGUUUUGCAGACUGCUUACUCUUGCCUGGAUUCAGAUCCCGGAUUCUUCAUGAUUUGCGGACAACAUGCUCGUUUUUUAGCCGGGGAACCCUCAUUUCGUCCCGCAUGUUCAGGACCAAACGAUCGGGGCUCGUCCGGCGACUCUGGAGGAGCCGUGCGCCUGGGGAGGUUGACGGGGAGGCGGACCCUCGGGCGCAUGGAACCGGAGGCUGCUGCAUGGGCAAAGCGGCCAAAAUCGCGAAGACCAGCGCUGUUUCUGGUGGCUCUGAAGCUGAACUGAAAACAUUGACCCAUUCUGUCCUAAAAAAACUCAAAGAAAAACAGCUAGAAGUGCUCUUGCAGGCAGUGGAGUCUAAGGGGGGUGCCAGGAGUUCAUGCCUCCUCCUGUCUGGCAAGAUGGACUCCAAGCUGGGUCAGCAUACAUUCUCUUUUCCAUUGCUGCUGUGUAAAGUGUUCAGGUGGCCGGAUCUUAGGCAUUCCUCGGAGCUAAAGAGACUGAUGUGCUGUGAAUCUUAUGGGAAAUCUAACCCUGAGCUGAUUUGCUGCAACCCCUAUCACCUCAGCAGGUUGUGCGAAUUAGAAUCUCCCCCUCCUCCUUACUCCAGAUAUCCGAUGGAUUUUCUCAAACCUCAUGCAGAUUCACCAGACUCUGUGCCUUCCUCCACUGAAACUGGGGGAACAAAUUAUUUGGCCCUUGGUGGGCUGUCAGAUUCGUUAGUUAUGCGAGAGCCAGGCGAUCACUCAUACUGGUGUGUGGUAGCAUACUGGGAAGAGAAGACGCGGGUGGGACGCUUAUAUUCUGUCCAAGAGCCUUCCCUCGAUAUUUUUUAUGACCUACCUCAGGGGAAUGGCUUUUGCCUCGGACAGCUUAAUUCAGACAAUAAAAGCCAGCUAGUACAGAAAGUCCGCAGCAAGAUUGGGUACGGCAUCCAGCUGACCAAAGAAUUGGAUGGGGUGUGGGUGAACAAUCGCAGCAGUUACCCCAUAUUCAUCAAGUCGGCCACACUGGACAACCCCGACUCCAGGACGUUAUUGGUUCACAAGGUGUUCCCCGGCUUCUCCAUUAAAGCUUUUGAUUAUGAGAAGGCCUACAGUUUGCAGCGACCCAAUGAUCAUGAAUUCAUGCAGCAGCCUUGGACUGGAUUUACUGUGCAGAUCAGCUUUGUCAAAGGCUGGGGUCAGUGCUACACAAGACAGUUUAUCAGCAGCUGCCCGUGCUGGUUAGAGGUUAUAUUUAAUAACCGAUAGCUCAGUGCUGAAUAAACUCUAAAAUAUUUUAGCUACUCUGCUGCUAUGGAAUUCCUUCCGAGUACUUGCUUUUCAUGACAGCUUUUUCUUUAGAACAUUGCAAUGUUGUGAGUGCCACAUGGACUGAUUUUCUUUUUUUUCUUUUUUCCCCCCAUAUAGGAUAUUAUACUAGUAACUGCAUCAUGAGGACUAUAACAGUUGCAGGAAUCCAAUGAUUUGCUGGUGUAUUUCAGUGGACAAUGUACUAGCAGUAUUGAAACCAUCCUUAGAAUACACUGUUUAUGUAAUAUUUGUAGGUCUGUGUUGGCUUUUUUAGGAAGCACUUUUUUGACAUGGGUACAUAUUCAUCUGUGACAAGGAUCAGAUGCGGACUCCGUGUUAAUAGCUGUUAUGGUGGGUGGGCAGGUAGGGGGGAUAAGCUAAAACUUGUUUCACAGUUACAAAUGUUUCUGCAGCUAGGCACUGUAAUUUUUUUCUCCUAAAGUGACCUCUCUGAAUGGGGGGUAACAGCACAUUAAUUUGUUGGCCAAAAUAAAAUGAGUGUAUUUGAGACAAGUCAUCCUUGGCCUCCAGUUGUGUAGGGAUGCUACAGACAACCCAACAGAUUCAAAAAGUACACUGAGCUUGCCUUUUAAAUGCAGGGCUGCCUUACACAGCUGGACAUCAUGGGUUGGAUUAUGUUUUUGUGCUUAUGAAUUACUUUGUCAAGUACAUAAAAAGAUGGUGUAAAAGGUGAGCCAUCAGGUUGCGCUGUGGCACCCUUGUCCACAAAUUAUAUGGAUUAUUAAUAUUUUUCACCCAAUUAAUUUCUGUAAAUUGCACAUUGUUGAAAUACUAUUUACUCAAACUGCUAAUUUCACUUUGCUAGUAGGCUGUCCUUGAAACAGAUGUUUUGAUGGAGAAACUAUCCCAAAAUGGUUUCUCAUUAUUCAUUUGAGUUUGAUGCUGCAGAGUGCAAGGUUUAAAUUAACCAGUCUUCUCCCACUUUAGGCUCCUUUGCAAGAAAUUGUGUUUUAUAUUUUAGUUAAAACACGGUUGAGCUUGAAAGUAUGUAAUUUUUAUUCCUUACAAGCUAAAGUUGACAAGAAUAGGAAGUACUCUUUGGAAUGGAAGCAUUGUAGUUGGAAAAAGUGGAAUCCUUAAAACAGAUUUAUUAAAGAAAAAAAGUUGUAUUUUAUGUUAUAUAUAAAUAUAUUAUUACUUGUAAAUAUAAAGACGUUUUAUAAGCAUCAUUAUUUAUGUAUUGUGCAAUGUGUAUAAACGAGAAAAAUAAAGAUGCACUUUGCUUAAUAUAAAUGCAAAUAAGAAAAAUGCCAAAUUACAGAUUAACAUGAUUGGUGUUUUUUUUUCUAUGGGCGAUAUCACCCACUUGAAUGUUUUUUUCUAAAGGAGUUUAUGUUCCAUUAAAACAUAAAAUGUACACUUAA